CUCGACUUGCCCGUGUAAAAUUUCCAAUCACUCGUGCGGUUCAAUUUACAUGAGUUCACUGACUCCCAAGGUCUCGGGAUUCCAAUUCACUGUCGUUUUCCAGCACGAUUGCCUGUCGAACUAGGCCAUCAUGUCCGGAACCAGCGCCAUGGCAGACUUCGGUCUCUCGUGCCCACAGGGCGGGACCUUCUACAGCUGCAGCGAAGCAACCCAUCACUUCAUCGGCUGCUGCACGGAAAAUCCAUGUAUCGACGGCACAGGGUAUUGUCCUCAGACGUCUCUACGCUACACCAGUUACAACAAGGAUAGCUACCGUUCUAUCCUGCCCCAGAGUUGCGUGGCUCCGUACAACGAGAGCACCUGGUACACUUGCUCUGAGAUCGACUCCCCUUUUAUGGGAUGUUGUUCGUCCAACCCCUGCGCCGACGGCGGAUGUCCUCAGAAAGACCUGCUGGCGGCCCAAGUAUCCGAUAUCGAAGAGAAUGCAGCACCGUUCAUGGCCUCUGCCUCGUCAUCAGGUGGGGGUUUGUCAAAAGGGGCGAUCGCCGGCAUCGCGGUGGGCUGCGCAGCGGCCGUCCUCAUUGUAGUCGGCAUAUUGUUCCUGCUCUACAGGCGGCGAGAGAAGAGGAGGCGGGAUGAGCUGGCAUCCAAGGCUCAGCCAAACGCAGAGGCAACCCCCGGCGUCUAUAUGCCAAGCCCCUACCAAGACUCUAUGGGUAGUCCCGCCACAUUCCCCGUAUCCCCAUAUAGCCCACAGCACCACCCUGAGCACAACGCCUUUGGCAUCAGCAACUCUCCCGGCCAGGUGCCAUAUGAACGGCCUGUCUCCACUGCUCCGACCUGGGUGUCCGGCCACACGCACACGCUGAGCGAUUACCCGUCAAUAAGCUCCUUGGGAACGCACACAUGGAUGGAGCAGACGCCGAAGCCGAACCUUUACCCAGUCUCCGAGAUGGACGCCACCGAAAUCACGAGGCCCAUGUCCGAGCUCGCCGGCUCGGGGCCGCUGGCUUCUCCGACCACAGCUUACAAAUCGGGGUACGAGAAGGUUGCCACGAUUGGAGAAGACGAGGAAAGUCCGGAGAAGAGGAAGUAGCCUUUGCAGGGCCUUCAUAUUUGAUGUAAUGAUCUAUGGGAUAAUUGAUGGGACAGUAUUGUUAACUGGUAUGGCUAUGUCGCUGCGUCCUCGUGUAUAAUUGGCAGCAUUAACCACCAGAAUUUGAGAACUCACACGGCCCGACACCCAACUGUGCAUCGAAUGUAAAGCGCUGCCUCGGUGUCCACAAGAUUUACCAUUUGUAGCGGCCAUUGCAUUCAAGAAACCCUUGCC